CUGUGGAAAGUGGUAAACAGAAAAUUUUCACUAAUCGAAGGAUUUUCUAGGUUUUUAUCAGCGUAAUUGAUACGGAAUAGAUAAAACUCUUGAAAAAAUGUAUUUGGAUACGGCAAUAGCAUAAAACUGUGUAAUUAGGAUCGCAUCUAGCAGACAACAAUGAGCGGAGAUAAGGUUUUGUACCGGAACGAGGAACCCCAUGGGCAGGGCGACGUGUUCUUCUUGUGGCAGACAGGCGGUUCUGCCCAACUGAUGGCCACAACUGGAAGUGAUGGGACGGUGGCGGUCUUCAAUCGGCAGGGUUUACUUAUAGAAAGGAUAGUGCUUCAAGGCCUCUGUGCCGGAUUCGCCUGGGAUAAAGAUGGAGACGUCCUGGCAGUGAUCACGCAAAGCUCCCCACAGCUCAUUGUGUGGGAUUCGAAUUCUCAAAAGAAGCAACACGUUGACAUUGGUUUGCGCGAUCCACCCAGCUGUAUUAUUUGGUCAACGAGGAAUUCAUUGCUCGCAGUUGCCACAUCUAGAGGCAAUCUCUCGAUAUACAACCAUGCAACCACGAAAAGGAUUCCGAUUUUGGGAAAACAUACCAAGCGAAUCACAUGCGGAGCAUGGGGUUUUGCAAACUGGGGUUCGGGAAACCUGGGAAUGAUUCACAUUCUAGCGCUCGGGAGCGAGGACAAAACAUUGUCAUUAAGCAAUGAGGAAGGCGACACUCUGAGAUCGGUGCAGCUGAGGGAUAAUCCUAGCGAUAUGCAUUUCGCCGAAAUGAAAACAGACGAGCGACUUCCGGGGGAGAAUACAAUAAGUAUGAUUUUAGGAAAAAGAACGUUGUUUUUGUACCAUCUGCCGGAGCCGGAUUCUCCCACGGAAUUAGGAUUUCAGCAGCGUUAUGGAUCGCUGCUACAGCAUAAAUGGUUUGGGGAUGGCUACGUACUUUUGGGUUUUAGUUUAGGACACGUAGUAGCAAUAUCGACGCAUCCUAGAGAAGUUGGACAGGAGCUUUGGCAGGUUAAGAAUCACAGAGAUUCCCUGAACAGCAUUGCCGUUUGUAAAGAGCUGGAAUUCAUCGCAUCGUGUGGCGAUAACAAUAUCAAAAUUCAUUCCAUGAGCAACCUCCAGGAGACGAUCAAAAUUCUUACCCUCCAUGAUCAGGCGGCCUUGAAAAACAUCGAGUGGAGCUCCGAUGGACAGCUACUGGGGGUGACCACUUCUCAGGGCACGAUUUGUGUGUUUGUAACCAAGCUGCAUUCACUUUAUGCAAUUUCUCCGCCUCGGAUAGCGCUACUGUCUAGUUUGGCGGAAGUUGCCAUCUACCACUACGCUCCAGAUAAGAUCAAGUCCGCGCCGGUCACAAUCGCACUGGAAGUGGAACCUUCUUUUCUAGCAGUGGGACCCUAUCAUAUGGCGUGCGGUAUGAACAACCAUGUUUGGUUCUAUGAUCUGGGCCGGACGUUAAACGAUAAUCCACUGCUGUUGGGUGAUCGCGAGUACAUGUCGGAGAUUAAGGAAGUGGCCUUGAGCUCCGAGUACUGUGCGGUACUUUGUGGAGGACAAAUCAUGCUGCAUUCGAUUGAAACUACAAAUGAGUCGACAAUGAAUCGUGAUCCUAAGAUAUUUCCAGACGAAGUUCGCGGCAUGAAUGAAUCGGUUAUCACCUGCUUGGCUUUGACGAACGAUUUUCUCUGCUUCGCGACAGAUCUCGGUAAUAUUGUGCAUUUCUCGUUGGAACGGUGGUCUCUUGUGGUGCAAUUUCGUCACCAGGUAGGUAUCAAAACGAUCCAUGUUGAUUUGGAUGGGACCCGAAUGGUGUUCAUCGAUGACCACAACCACGGAUACGUUUACAUCUCGGCAAGCGAGGAAACGAUACGGAUUCCAGAAUUUCCUAAGCAUGCGGUUGGUGUUCUGUGGGAUUUCUCACAUCCAAUUGUGUUCAUUGCAUUUGAUCGAAGCAGUUGCGUAACGUAUGCGCUGGUGCGAGCUUCGGUGGAGGGAAAACGUGUAGAAAAAGUUGGAGUUACCAGUUUGAUUAGCGACCAAAUGCCACUGAUGCUGUACGACGGUGAGCUGUGCCUUCACGGAAGUGGUGGCCAGUUAACGAAUAUUGUUCUGGAUACGCAUGCGAAUAAACCAGGCAGGGAUGUGAAGGAGCAGCUAAGGGCAGUUCGAUUGAUGCGCAAACAUAACGAAUCCUGGGAGUUAUGCAAUUUGAUGAAUGACGUUGAAGAAUGGAAGGAAUUAGGAAGGGCAGCAAUAGCAGAUCUGAAUAUACCGUUUGCUAUCAAGGUUUAUCGUAAUAUUGGAGACGUAGCCAUGGUGUACGCCUUGGAAGAUAUAGUACAAAUAGAGGACACGAAUACCUUAGCUGGUUUCUGUGCCUUACUGCUGAAUAAGGUUGAUGAAGCGAAAACACUAUUCGCUAAGAGUGGAAAUCCACAAGAAGCGCUAGAGCUGUGCAGAGAUCUUUUGCAAUGGGAGCAAGCAAUGGCUCUAGCUGGAUCGUUGGCUCCUGAACAGUUACCAUUUUUGGCGCGAGAAUAUGCUCAACAGUUGGAAUUUACAGGAAGCCAUGCCGAAGCACUUAUGAACUUUGAACGAGGUUUGAAAAGUGACAUUCUCCCCAGUUCGGACGGAGUUAUUGAACAGGAAGUUCUCAACCAGCAUUUAAAUUUGUGUAAAGCAGGGAUCGCCCGUACUAGCAUUAAAUGUGGAGACUAUCGAAGGGGUGUUCAACUUGCCCUGGAGUUAAAUGACAAGGAACUGUUCAAUGAUUGUGGUGAAGCUUUAAUGGCCAGUGGAAAUCUCAACGAAGCGGCCAUCCUACUGGAGAAAGGUGAAAAUUGGGACAAGUGUUGCGAACUUUACAUCAAUCUCAAGCAGUGGAAGAAAAUCGACCACAUUCUUCCGAAUGUUACUAGUCUUAAGUUGCAUGCAGCCUAUGCCAAGGCAAAGGAAGCGGAUGGACACUAUGCGGACGCCAUCAACAGUUACCAUCAGGCAGGAGACCUAGAUAGCGUCGUUCGGAUCUACCUGGAAUAUCUGUCCGAUCCUCACAGCGCUUCGGAGAUCCUUUUAGAAACAAGAUCAAUUGAAGGGUCCAAAUUGCUUUCUAAAUAUUUUGAGAAACAUGGAGACUACGAAUCAGCUAUUCAAUUCCUGAUUCUAUGUGGCUCCAUUACCGAUGCCUUUUCAAUUGCUCAAAAACAGAAUAAAAUCCGUUAUUACGGUGAAGUCUUAGAACAGAGUUCCAACGCUAAGCCCAGUGAUUACCUAAUUCUUGCCACGUACUUUGAAAACGAAAAGUACACACUUCUAGCAGGGAAAUACUAUUUUUUAGGCAAAGAGUAUUCGAAGGCUUUGAAACAUCUAUUGAAAGCUUCUUCGUUCAGUAACGAAGAGAACACGGCGCUUUCUCUAGCAAUCGACUGCGUGGCGUCAGCAAACGACGAAAAACUUUCAAAUCAAUUGAUAGAGUACCUUCUUGGAGAGACAGAUGGUGUUCCCAAGGAUCCCAAACUACUGUUUCGUCUAUACAUGGCCAAGAGGCAAUUCAAGGAAGCCGCCAAGGCAGCCAUGAUAAUAGCAAACCAGGAACAAACUGCUGGUAACUACCGAAGUGCUCACGACCUGCUCUUCUCUAUGUAUCAAGAACUUAAGCGCAACAACCUAACGAUAGCAUCCGACAUGAAGGCAUCCUUGGCUCUGCUACAUCGAUAUACUUUGGUGAGGACACAUGUCAAAUGCGGGAACCAUCUACAGGCAGCCCGACUUUUGUUGCAAGUAGCCAAGAGCAUAUCGCAAUUUCCAUCUCAUGUCGUUCCAAUCCUGACCUCCACGGUGAUUGAAUGUCACCGGACUGGGUUACGCAAGUCCGCGUUUGAGUAUGCAGUGAUGUUAAUGCGAUCGGAGUUUCGCGGUCAAAUCGAUUCCAAGUAUGCCAAAAAGAUCGAAUCUAUUGUCCGGAAAGCGCCUCGUGGUCAGCUGGAGGACGAAGGCGCAUACGAGUCCAAUCCGUGUCCGGUGUGUGAUGCGAACCUACCCACGAUGGACUUUAUCUGCGGACAGUGCAAGACGACGUUGCCAGUUUGCAUCGCUACCGGUCAGCAUAUUGUUAAGGAAGACAUAGUGGCCUGUCCAGAGUGUGACUUUCCUGCAUUGAAAGUGGAAUUUAUGAAAAUCCUGGAAUCGACAGACAACCAAUGCACAAUGUGUGGGGAGGAGAUUGAAGCCUCUCGUUUGGUGGACAUUGAUGAUAUUCAACCGUACAUUGAGGGUGCGGCGACGUGAUCUCAUAUAGCAACUAGCUAUAAAACUGAUGCAUGGCAUCUUAAACUUGUGUACCUUUAUUUAUUUAUAACUUCAUCAAGUGCUUUAAAUGACGGGUAUUGUUUUGUUUUGUUAUCGAACACUUUUUGUGAGUUACUAAUUGUGUUUGUACCUUCAUUUGUACCUGUUAAGCGUUUGUAAUUGCUUCUUGUUUUUAAAACUAUUAAAUUUAUUUCGACAC